AUGGCCUUCUCACUCUACGACGCAACCAUUGUUGAGGCCAAACUGGCCCUGGGCUCUCUAUCACACAUUCUCAAAGAAGCCCAAAAGCACCCCAACGCCGCCAAGUUCCCUGAAGCUCGUCUCUAUGAAGACAUGAACCCCCUGAGCUUCCAGGUCCACGCAGCUACUCGCUUCGCUGAGAAGCUUGUAGCAAGACUCUCAGGCCGUGAAUCAGUCGAGUUUGAGGAUGAGGUCGUCACAUACGACGACAUGCACUCGCGCAUCGCUAAAGCACAAGAGCUGCUUGCAAAGGCUGAUAAAGAGACUGUCAACCGUUGUGGAGAGGAGGUUGCGCCUACGGCGUUGCCAUCUGCUGGAACGAUGGAUUUGACAGGCAAGGCUUUUGCUAUGGGAGCGGCUGUGCCUAACAUUAACUUCCACUUGUCGAUGGCGUAUGCUAUCUUGAGAAAAGAGGGUGUUCCUCUUGGAAAGAGGGAUUACAUCACUGCUUUUGUUGGAGAGUAUAUUCUCAAGCAGUAG